CUCGAGCUACGUGUGUUCCGGCACACGCAUAAAAGCGAGCAGUGUUUCCCCGUCUGUCGUACUGAACGAAGACACUGCGAGAAAUAUUAUUGUGUACCGGUCCGAACGAAAAAUACUCGUCGACUACGACGAAUUUUUUUAACCCAGUAAACAAAUCGCAACGCGAGUGCAGAAUGGCAGAUCCAGCUCAAAGUCCAUCCACGCCGACCGGCCCGCACCUAGAAGUACUCGAUCGUGUUAAGAACAUACCGGUCGUACACUCGGCGAUCGAAAAAACAGGAUCAACGUAUUCGUAUCUCAAGGAUUCCCAUCAGUUGAUCAAUUGGGCUCUCAGCUAUGCCGAGGCCGGCUUACACUAUGCUACUGCAACAGCACAACCGAUAGCUAAAAAAUUCGAGGGUCAGAUAAAUACGGUCGAUCAAAAAUUGUGUCAGGGCUUGGACAUCGUUGAGAAGAAAGUACCGAUCGUUAAGGAGCCACCGCAGCAGAUUUACGAUGCGGCUAGAGCUGUCAUGAGUACGUCCCUACAGCCGACCAUCGAAAAACUUGUUUCCAUGAAAGAAUCAGCGGCUCAACAAGCCACGACACUUAAGGAUAUCAGCGUUACGAAAGCCAACGAAAUUUUGAGCACACAUUACGGGUCCCUCGCUAUUCAAGGAGUCGACAAUACGAGCGUUCUCGUCAACAGACUACUCGAUCAUUAUUUCCCUGCUGUUGAGCACGAGGACGCGGUUCCGGCACCUGUAUCGGCGGACGAGAACAAAGUACUUCAUGCGGUUCAAACAGUCGGACAAUUGUCAUCGAAAGCAGCGAACCGUGUCUACCACUCAGUAUCCGCACAGUUGAAAACUUUGAAAAAAGAGGACGUCGGUGCCUACAUUUCGAGUGUCGUUUCGAUUCUUCAUUUGACACACUUUCUUAAUAUUGGCAACAAAGAAAUCACAGAGAGCGGUAACGUCACGAGUAAUUUAGCGGCAAGUCCAACUUCCGAAAAGAAAGAUGAAGAGAAAGAGUAAAAAGUGUGUCAACAUCGACAAUUAUGACGACAAACAUCACUUGAUAAUCACAGAGUAGAAAAUCACUUUUUUCUAUAAAUUUACAAAAGAAAUAAUGUAUGAGUAAAUUUUAUUUUCUAUAUUUUUACGCACUAUGUACGAUGUAUUAAUCAUGUAUUAAUCUCCUCACCACUUUCUGUGACAGCUUUAAUGUAUCAAAUUCAAGAUUUGGGAAAAAAUUAUGAGCUCGAGACUGCCGAUCCAAGUCGGUGAACGAAACAACAAUAAAAUUCAAACGUUUUUUGUACGAAAUGUAAAUACAUAUAAAUUAGCCAUAUAGCAUUGCCAAAAGUAACAAAGUUUAUGACCGUUCAAUUUUUCUGUCAGUUUGGUCAAUAAGAGCCGCGGUACAGCCACUUUUAUAUAAAAUAUAUAUACGCGUUAUACGAUGUUGCACAUUAUACAUGAAAAAGAAUUCGAUCAAAUAUAUACUCGAAAAAAGUA